AUGGUCGAUUCUCUAUCUGGUUUUGUUCGACUCAGUAAUUUGCGCUGGUAUAACCCAGAUGAAGCGUCACGUUUACCAUCUUUGCAAGAACGUCCGCGUCUUAUCGAGGCUGGGUUUGAACACUCUGUUACCGAGUUAGAAGAUGCUAGCAGAAAAAUACAGAGGAUUUUGCAACGUAAAAUGGAGCUGGAAAUCCUCAUCUCCGCGAAGAAGAACAUGCGUUGA